CACCCCUCCUGUUUAUACACAAAGACCCCCAGCUUCCCUUCCUCUCUCCCCCUCCCUGGAUCUUUCCCUCCCCCUGUCCUUUCUCCUUUCUCUCUUCCUCUCUCCCCCCCCCCUUUCCUGUCUCCCUAUUUCCUCCUUUCUCCACCCUCAGGUUAAAGGAUUUCAGAAAUGGGGGCGGAGUGCAGCUCGGCCGAGGAUUAAAAGCAGCGGAUGGGUUAGGUAGAUAACAGAUUUCCCCCCCCUCCCUCCCUCCCUCCGCCAUCUCCUCCUCUCCGAUUUCGAAAACUUCUUCUUGGAAAGCGGCGGGAGAAGAAAUCUUUUCUUUUUUAAAAGAAGAAGAAGAAGAAAGGAGAUGGGGGGGAAAGGGAACUGAGCAAACGUUGCUCUCCAGCCGCAGCCCAGACCAGAUCUACCCGGAUCCCCUCCCUGGGCUCAGCGGAAAGAUUGCUCAGGCUGAAUUGCCGCCGCCAACGCGACCCACAAGGAGCAGCUUGCAACCCGCCACGCUCCCAGCAGGCAUGGGCCAAGCGAGGGAUCCCGCCCGCCGCCUGCUCCGGACCUCCAAGACCAAGCUGGCUUGAAAGGAUCUUCUUUUCCUCCCUCCACCCAGUUCCGAGGACUGGAUUCUCCCCCCCCCCCGCCCUCCGCCCUCCGCCCUCCGCUUUUUCCACCCUCAUUUAUGCCGGAGCCUCUGCGAAGAAUCCAUAUCGGGGUGCGAAUCCGGAGUGGCGCCCCUUUUAUUCGACCAGCAUCCGCUCAUCCGGGGAGCAAAAAGAGGAAGAGGGAAAGACAGUCUUUGAUCUCGAGAACCACCACCCCGUUUGUCCCCGCCGCCGCCCAAAGCUGUUGAUCUCUGGUCCCAUCUCGUCGGUGCUCGGGUUCCCUCCGGUUAUUGGGAUCUAUAAUUUCCACCGAUCAAAAGAUUCCUUCGAACUGCUGUUCCGUCUUUGGCCGCCUGGGUUUUAACGAGUUAACCGAACACACCCACUACUGAUUUUAAAAGGAUUUUUUUUUUUUAAGAUCUUCUUUCUCCCAGACAUCUGGAUGUUUGGGAUUCCCCGGGAUAGAAGGAAUUCUUGGUCCCCCAACCAUCCACUGGCAUUAUUUCUGAGUUCCAGCUGAGCUGAUUUGAGUCUUGUCUUCCCCGCUGCUUUGCCUGAUGCAACUGCGCUGCUUCCUCUAUGAUCCUGGGUGCUGACCCAGAUGGGAACUUCAUAAGGCGGCCUUAAGUCACCCUCCUACCGUGGUUUGCUGCUAUUGAUCCUACAGACCCUUGAACUCCGGAAAUUGCUUGACAUUCGGACUCCGCCUGCAUUCGGAUGCCCGGGUUCCUGGUGCGGAGCCCCACGUGUGGAGCUGUCACCUCCCUGGGGUGUGAGAGGGAGUGUGCGUGACGUGUGCGGAAAGGGUUUUUCCUCCUGUUUCCUUCUGCACGCGCACACUAUUCCACGUGAAGAUGUCUUCGUCCCAGGCGCUGCCGGAGUGGAAGCUCCAGUUACUGGAACGGCGCCGCAAAGAGGAGGAAGAGGCCCUGCGGCGGGAAAGGGAGCAACAGGACCGCAUGGCGAAAAUGCCCGCUUGGAAACGAGAGAUAAUCGAAAGACGCCGUGCCAAGCAAGGCUCUAACGCUUCUUUCUCAGAGUCCAGUGGGCCGGGAGGGGUAGAAAGUGGGGUGGCCCCCGCUCCUGCUACCCCUCAACCCUCCCAGGAGGGGGAUCUGGAGAGCUCCGUGUUGCAGGAGAAGAUCGGCCCGGUCCACCAGAACCCCUUCAUUCAGCUGGAGAAGCGGCGCCACAAGGAGUCGGCCCCGUCAGAGAGCGAACUCGCCAGUGCUAAAGCCAAGCAGAUCGUGGAUCUGUAUGGACAGAUCCCCGGCGUCCGCACGCUGCGGGCGGAUAAUGUCAUCAUCAUUGAGUCAGUCCCCGGGGCGCCACCGGCUCAGCUGGGCUGUGACCGGCGCUCUACGGAGUCCAAAUCGGGCAGCGUGGAGUCCCUCAAUGAGUUGCUGGCCCGUCGCGGUGGCAGCGUCACUGAGAUCCGCGCUGGGGAGGUCUUCAUCGUCAAGUCGGCCUUGAGCCGUAGCGUGGAGGACCUUGAUUCGGUCGGUAAGGCGGAGUACCGGUCCUCGCUGCCGCCGGAGCAGCGGCGCGGGCGGGUGAGCAAAUUGCUGAGCAGGUUCAGCCAGGAGGAUGGUGGUGGACCGGUGCUGCCACGCCCAGUGAGAUCCGUGAGCACUGAGAACUUGACAGAGGGUACCUAUGGGGCCAGGAAGGGUGGCCGUGUGCUGGCAGACCCCAGCCCGACCAGGCAGCGCCGGGACCGGACGCCCAGUCCUCCCCGUGACCUGCCGGGCCUCACCUCACCGGUGCCCUUCACGGUGGCAUCUUACCGCAGCCAAUUUGAAGCCAAAUCGAGCAGUGGUGAGGCCUGGCCGGACAGCCCCCCAAGACGCUCGCCGACAAGCAGAACGUGGGGCAGAGAGGCUGCUUCCCCCGAGAGAGGGUCUAGACCGGACAACAUUGAUUCUGAGGCUACGUUUGAGUUCCGUCCAGCACCACCACCAGCGCCGGUUGCUGACGACGACGUCCAGGGCAAGGCCUUGGCUAAUCUACGGCUGCACUCCCGGAACUCCUUUGUGGUGGUGCCGCGACGGGCCUUGGCCUCCCCACCCCCACCCCCAGAACUCAAGCAGGAAACCAGCCCUGCUCCUUCUUCACACAAGCCCCCGGCCCCCACUUCCUGCUCCUCGCUCAGCUGUGAGCCGCUUCCCCCAGAGGCGGAGGAUCCACCCGAGGCUGAGGCCAUGAAACGCAGCGGGAACAGCAGUGCCAAGGAGGAUGUCAGGAUGGGGGGCUUGGUUCGUGCCUCGUCCCCCCACCCGGCCGUGCAGCGCCGCAGCGGCAACACCAUCACCAUCAACCCUCGGAAGGCUCCCGUGACACCUGUCACUGCGGUGGAGAACGGCAUCGAGAGUAACGCUCCCACAGCGGUGGCACCUGUGAAGAAACGCUAUCCCACCGCUGAGGAGAUCCAGGUGAUCGGAGGCUACCUCUCGCUGCAAAGGUCCUGUCUCGCAAAGAACGACCCGCAUCGGAAAAAGCUGAAGAUUUCGUUCAGCGAGAACCAGCUGGAGAGGACCUUCCAGUACCCAUCAGAGGGUUCCCUGCUGGAAGAGUUUGGGCCCCCUGAGGAGUCGGAGCCUUUGGUGUCUACCCAUGGGGACGAGGAGGAGGAAGAGGAGGAGCUGCUGCUGCUUCACCGGGGUCUCCCUGGACUAUUGAGGACCAAGCCCCUCAUUGUGGAUGAGUCUUGUCGGCGGUAACCCAACUCAUCCUUCUCCAUCGCCGGGGAAAGAUGGAGGACAUCUAAGGAUUCGUGUCACCCUUCAAAGUCUCUCGGUGGGACUUUAUUUCUUCUAGUCUUCCAGUGAUUGCCACACCAAGGAAAGAAGCUGGGACCAUACCAGACUGGGCCAUUUUGUCCAUUUUCCUAAGGCUCGUGCGGUUCUUUCUUUGGAAUGGGAGAAAGCUUGAAAAACUCUUUCAUCAAUAUUCUGGCACUGAGAACAGAACCUCAGAAACCCCAUCCUAAAUCUAAACAGCAAAAAGAUGAGGGACAACCCAGACUGCAUCCAUGCGAGUUUGACGCAAAGAAAAUCUUGUUUUGCAAAAGCAGCUUCGAAGUGAAGACGUUAAAGCAGCCAGCAAGGUGGAGCACCAAACCUCAUGCCUGCUUGCCUCCAGUAUUGCAGCAAAUCCUGAGCCAAGGGCUAAUUUCUCCUUGCCCAAAUACAGCCCACAGUGGGCUGAGGGAUGUUUCUAAUUCCGAGAUCCACAUUUUUGUAAAAUCUCUGAGGUUUAUCCUUUACGACUCAUUAUUUUUAAAUUUUCUAAUCGCUGCCAUGUUGUGGGGAGGGAGUUGGGGGUGGGUAGAGGAACUAGCUUUGGGGGGGGGGGCGCAAUUUUGGUGGCCAACAACCUAUCAGUAUUGUAUAAGGAUUUCUACCAAGGAGGGGUAUUUCUAAUAGCCUUUUUAGUAAGCCAUUAUGAAGGAAGGCAAUUCCAAAUGGCUGUCCGUGUUGUUAAAACAAGUACAGCUGGUAUUAAGUCACACGACUGGGCAAAGGUGGACUCGUGCUUAGAAACAGGAAAACAAAGGCACUUGUUUAUGGAGAUGAUAAGCAACAAAGUAGAGCGGAAAAAUGUGGCUUCCUGUCUUUGCCCAACCCACUUCCUGUCAAAGGAUUCAGGAGGAUUGGGUAAGUGGACAUGGAAGAGAAGGCGGAGUUGAACAAAUGAGCAGAGGCAGGUUGCAUUGUAGAAAAUGGACUGUGGAUAAAUGAGUGUUUAUCAUUCUUCACAUCAUGGCAUUUUAAAUCAAUGGAGAGAAAGGCUAAUUUAGGAAAGGUUUUCAAAAAUGUCACAAUGCACAGUAGUCACAACAGUUCAAAAGACUGACAUUCAGGACUUUGAGGACUCUUGGACAAGACAGGUGCUCAGGAGCAGCAGCAGCAGAAGGCCAUUGCUUUCACCUCCUGCAUGUGAGCUCCCAAAGGCACCUGGUGGGCCACUGCGAGUAGCAGAGAGCUGGACUACAUGGACUCUGGUCUGAUCCAGCUGGCUUGUUCUUAAGGGACAGCUCAGACUCCUCGGUGCUGAUGACUAAAGUCCAGCCAUAGGACAACAAUAUUGUCUUGGAGGUGUAUAAUCAAAUAGGGCAAUUUUUCCCCCUCGCAACUGAGGGCAAUAACCAGCUUGGCAUUAUUAUAACCAGGCAAGGAAACAAAUGGUGCAAAGGGAAACAAAACCUUUUAAUGAUUCUUACAUUCCCAACCAGACCAUGCAGUGCUUUCGCUGGAAAGUUUUACUCCGUUUUUUCAAGCAUCCUCGCCUGAUCCCUCUGUUGAAAUGAGGGCACUGUCAACCACCCUCCAUGCCACCUGUCAUAGUCUGUGCAUGACUCUCCGAAUCCUGCUGUAAACAUAGAACCAUGCUGGAAACGUCCAGAUCAGAAUGGCAGUAUUUCUUAAAACGCCUAUCUUGGAAUCCCCCACAUAUGAAUCAUAUGUGUCUUGUGGAAAACUUGUGUUCAGUGGCUUGUGGAGAAAGGGUGUGACCCAUCGGUUAGAGAGGAUGUGGACUGAGAGCACAGAGGAGUGAUGGAUGGAUGACAGAAGAGAGUUGUUGUGACUGUAGGAACGCCAUUGGUUAGUCAAACUGUAGGGAACGAGUGUGAGCUGAACAAGCAGAAGCAUGAAUGAGUGGAUGAAGGAAGCACAGGGGGGGAAGGAACAAGGAAAACAGUGUGUUUCUUCCCUCUCCCUUCCUGGCUAAUUUAUCUUGUUACCUGUGCACAGUUUUUAUUAUCUCCCCCCCCCCUUUUUUUUUUUUUGCACUGCGGGAACAGCCGUACCUAGAGCCCAUGAACAAGUCAGAGAGUGAAUUACUGGGCAUGGCAAACAUCUCUUCCUUUUACAGGAACAGAACAGAGCUUUGCCCAGAUCAGUGCAUGUGAGGCGAGGGCUGAAGCAGCUGUGUCCAGCCAUUUUCAUCAGUGUUUUUAUAUGUAUUAUUAUUACUAUUAAUAACAAUAAAUCCAAACGAUGUUGCACGUGGA